AAAUGAUAUCCUUCGUGUACCAUGGCCUACUUCAUCUGUGCUAAUACAUAAAUAGAACAGCAAGUGGGGUAAAGGUUCAUAGUUGGAUGUGUGAAAGAGAUAUGAUGAAGGAUGGUGUAAUCUACACAUUUUAGAUCAACAAUGUAAUUUCAGAAGACACAGAAUGGGCAAGAAGAGUCACGGGAAGACACACGGAGGAGUUACACUUCCAGUCCAGGAGAUAAAUGUUGAAAGUUUACCCAAAACAUUAUCUCCCCAAAAAAGAAAUGAAGUAAACCAUUUGGUAGAAAAACUUUUGAAAGUUAGUAGUACCAUUGUGUCUGCUCCUAAUGCUAAUAAAGAAUGGGAAAAUCAUUUGGAAAUAGAAAAGCUCCUGGAGAAGAUCAGCAAAAUAGAAUCAGAUAUGAGGAUUCUGGUGGCAGACCGAGGUACUCGCAUUGAAGAAUUUGAAACAUGGAUGAAGGAAAAUGGAGCUGAAAUUGAUGGCAUAGAAAUUGCACAGUUUCCAAAUUAUGAGUAUGGAAUCAAAGCAAACAAAAAUUUUUCACAAGGUGACCUUUUGAUUGCAGUUCCUCGAAAAGUGAUGUUGACUGCAGAGAAUGUUGAAGGCUCUUUGUUAGGUCCACUCUUGCAGAAGGAUGCAAUGCUGCAACAUAUGCCAAAUGUGGCCUUGUCUCUGCUGUUGCUUAUAGAGAAGUUCAAGCCUGAUUCAUUCUGGAAGCCUUAUAUUGCAGUCCUCCCAACAGAGUACACCACUGUGUUGUACUUCAAAACUAAUGAACUGCAAGAGUUGAAGGGAUCACCUUCACUUGAACCAGCACUAAAGCAAUGCCGCAACAUUGCCAGGCAGUAUGCAUACUUCAACAACCUCUUUCAGCACUCAUCUGACCCUGCUAGUAAUUUAUUGCGGGAAGUAUUCACAUAUGAUCUAUAUUGCUGGGCAGUAUCAACAGUGAUGACUCGACAGAACUUUGUGCCUUCCAUUGAUGGUAAUUCCAUGCUGAAUGCUCUUAUUCCUAUGUGGGACAUGUGUAAUCAUACCAAUGGGAAGUUGUCCACAGACUUCAAUGCAGAGAAGAAUCGCAGUGAAUGUGUGGCGUGCCGUGACUAUAAAGCAGGGGAACAGAUUUUCAUCUUUUAUGGACCAAGAACUAAUUCGGAGCUGUUUGUACACAAUGGAUUUGUGUAUCCUGAAAAUGAACAUGAUGGUCUACGUCUGAGACUAGGCAUCAGUCGAGGUGAUCUACUGCAAGCAAAACGUGUCGAGCUGUUAGGUCACCUUGGCAUUCCGGCAAUUGGGGACUUUAUGCUUAAGAAAGGGCCAGAUCCAGUUGAUGGGAGGUUGCUGGCAUUCCUCAGGGUCUUUAGUAUGGGACCAGAGCACCUGAACCACUGGCUGUCCAGUGAUCACAGUUCUGACCUUGUAUACCCCGACUGUGCACUUGAGACAGAUGUGGAGUCCAAGAUGUGGAAGUUUCUCCUUGACAGGAUUAAUCUCCUGCAACAUGCCUAUACCACUACGCUGGAAGAAGACUGUACGAAGCUGAAGCAUCUUCAACUGACACCAUGCUCUCGUCUAGCUGUUCAGUUGCUGAUAACGGAGAAGAAGUUGCUUGAAGCUGCUGAAGAACAUGUCAAGCAGCGAAUUAAGACCUGAAGAGGCAAACAGUCUUUAGGUGAUCGUUUCUGUAUGUUGUUCAUUCACUAAAUGCAUUGCAAUUGUUUUAAGGGAUCAACAGAUAGAUGAUAAAUUGGUGAUGGGCCAUGUUAACACAUAAUCAGGUUUGUUUUAGUGUGAACAGAUCAUGUACAUGUUUACUAUGAGUAAUUAUUAUAAAUGUUGAAGUAUUGAGAUCAAAGUAUGAUUAGUCAUGCAGUUUCCAUUCUGAGAGGAACAUAAAAAACUGUAUAAAUUUUGUAUAAAGUAUGAAUUUUGUUGCACUUGACAUAGGGACACAAUUUUUCUGUGACUGAUAAAUGUGAUGGAAAAUACAUAUUUUUUCUGCCAGAAGGCCUGUAGAAUGCAACUCUGAAUGGAAAGUAUCUUACAAACUCCUCAAUCAAAACAUUUGUGUCCUCUGGUGUCUUAUUAUGGUUAUUGUGCCCCAUAAUCAUUACAUGCAGAACUAACUAAUUUCUGGGCUUUUCCGCUUGUGAUUUGGUGAUCGUGUGAAAUGCAGUGAAAUAUUUUUUCCAGUUUCUUGGAAACCAGUAUUUAUCUGAAGGUCUUCCACUAUCCUGUACAUUUUGGUCACCUCUAGUUUACUUAUUAGCGAUUUUAUUUGUUUGAUUAAUAUAUUUACUUUUUGUAACUCUUGAUUUUAAUUUGUUUAUGCAGUCAUGUAACUGCAUGUAAUUGCAGUAUUUGUUAUUUAAUGUAUUGAUGGUGCUACAUUAAGAUUUGAUUCUCAGGUAAGAUAGAAAAUAAAUGCUUCUGAUUGUUGUAGUUGUAUGAAAAUAUUAUAGAAGUAAGGUAUCAUCCUUGAUGUAAGAACUGAAUUUUUAAAUAUUAUUUAAAUGAGUUUCAGCUUCAAAUCAUAAAUGCUAAUAUUGGAAUUUCUUAUAUCUUCAUCAUCUAUGGUCAUUUCUGCUUAUUGCAAGUUGACAUACAUUUAUUACACAAUCAGUAUUAUUUCUUUUUAAGAGUAAUAUAUUUUUAAAGUGUUUACAGUAGUUGUUCUUCUUGAAUGAAAUAAUGUCAUGCGAACAUGCAAGAUUACGUGGAAACAAGAUUCUUGAUGUGUAAUUUUCUUUAUUUUUGAGAAUUAUGUAUGAUGUCAGUUUUAAAUUACUGUCAGAUACACUACAAAAAUUAAUACAUGGCAUCCAGGAAAUGUUUUUGUGGUGCUAGAGGAAAGACAAAAGACAAUUGCUGUAACAGGUACAAAUUUCACUAGAAAACUAUUCUGUGGACCUAAAACAGCCAUUAUGAAGCAAUUUGGAAAAAGGUUUAUGUUUGUGCUGGAGAAAUAUAUAUACAAAUUUUCAUGCGGACAAAUAUUUUUCUGCAACAUGUUCCAUUUUGUAAAUAUGUCUUCUUAUAUGUUGGGUGUCUUAUAGUCUGUAAAUAUGCCAUACUUACUGAAUGUGCUGACUUCUUCAACAUUUCUAGAUGGGUUCCACCUUUGGUCUCAUUUUCAUACACAUUUUGUUGGAGAUUUUGUUUUCUCAAAGUCAGAAGUAGUACAGAAAUUCUUUUUAGACACUAAGUUUAGUAAACAGUUAUAUAAUGAAAAUAUUUGCAUUUAAUUGAAGAAAAAGAUAAACUGGUGAACUGCAAAAUAUUGAUUGGAAAAGUCUGUGUAUGGUUGGAAUGAUUGCUUGAUAAUGCUAGUCAUUUAAACUUGAAACUGUAUUGAUUUGUAAGAUGUGCUAUGAUACACUGACUUCCAUAAUGUUUAAAUUAAGUCCUGUGUGCUAUAUGAUACAGAAUUUCACAAACCGAUCUAGCUGCAAAGAAUUAUAACUGAGUGUUGUGGUCCUGUUAAGAAUAGACUUCAGUAGGUCUUACAGUCUAUUGCUUCCAGUUGCAAAAACCUAUACAAUAUCAAAUUUCUCACUACAUCUGUAUGAAAGAAUCAGAAUAAAUCAAUAAUUUACUUCCUCCUAUGAAGAGUUGGGUUAGCUUGGUCUCUAUGGUGGCCGACGGGUUCAAUUCCCAGCAGGAUUUUUCUCUUUGUCACAUUGUCCACAUUGGCCCUGGAGUUCCAAUUGUUUGAUGAAACAGCCUUCCCGUUGUUGUCUGGAGUCCUGUAAUGCAUGUGUUCGGUCCAGUAUGUUUCGUGAGAUUGUAGAGACAUGACCUGUGUUAAUUUUCUGUGUUCUUAAUUUGGUCUGGACCUGAGGCACAUUGCCUAUCCAGGCACUGUAAAUUACAAUACUGUUAUUGCAAGAUGGGUAGUCUAUUCAGAAUCAUGGAUACAGUAUACAUGCCACAUGCAAUUCUUGUUUGUAUGUUUUCACAACUGGAGUUCAUUGUAUUACCUAGGCCUUUGAUGAUAAGUGGUUCUUUCCUGAAAGCCAAAGUUGUAUAUGCCAUAUAUAACCCACGACCCUGGAAAGUAUGGAAUGUACAGUAACUUUUGCUGUGAUUGUGUGCUGCUGUACUACACAGACUGGUCCAUAAUGUACAUUUUCUGGUAAUAUACUUGAUUUUAUGAGAUGGUGAAUCAUAGCACAUUAUUAAUAUUUAUUAUAAAUUAUUGUAGAUCGUUGUUCAUGUAUUUUAUGAGAGAACAUUUGACAGUUUACAAGCAAAUAUAAUAGAAAUGUGAUUAAUCAA